UGCCCCUCUCCUCUUGCAUAACUCCAAUGCCCACACAGUACUUCUCUGCUAACUCGAUCGCUUAUCACCAUUAAUCCCUGUGAGUGAGAUUCUGGUACCCGAUGCACUCCCCCACCAUAUAAACAGUCACAGGUUCUUUGUUUGAUCAAGUUUCAAACUCAAGGCUACCAUCCUAUACUGCAUCACACACACACGCAGAGGGAGAGGGAGAGCAGAAUGAUGGAGUGUUCCUUCUUUCUGGGUUUCAUUGCUCUGUUUGCGAUAUUAGAACAGAGAAUCUUAGUCAGAGCAGAUGAUGGGUUUGUGAAGACAAAAGGUGUACAGCUAAUGUUGAAUGGGAGCCCCUUCUAUGCUAAUGGGUUUAAUGCCUACUGGUUCAUGUACGUGGCCUCGGAUCCGUCUCAAAGGAACAAAGUUUCAUCUGCAUUUCAAGAGGCUAAGAGCCACGGACUUAGCAUAGCCAGAACUUGGGCUUUCAGUGAUGGUGGCUAUAAGCCGCUCCAAUACUCUCCUGGAUCCUACAAUGAGGAUAUGUUCCAGGGGUUAGACUUCGUAAUAUCCGAAGCCAGAAGAUAUGGGAUUAAGCUGGUGUUGAGUUUGGUGAAUAACUACGACAACUUGGGAGGAAAGAAGCAGUACGUGGCUUGGGCAAGGAAUCAGGGCCAGUCCGUUAAUUCUGAAGAUGAUUUCUUCACUAACCCUGUAGUGAAGGGAUACUACAAAAACCACAUCAAGACUGUACUCACUAGGCGUAACAGCAUCACUGGAGUUGCUUACAAAGAUGACCCAACUAUAAUGGCGUGGGAGCUCAUGAAUGAGAUAAGGUGUCCUUCAGAUCAAAAGGGAAAAGUAGUACAGGCUUGGAUUACCGAGAUGGCGUCUUAUUUGAAAUCCAUUGAUGGAAACCACUUGCUUGAAGCUGGUCUAGAGGGUUUCUAUGGCCAAUCAAAGCAGCAGUCUAAUCCCAACUUCCAAGUAGGGACAGAUUUCAUAGCAAAUAACCAGAUCCCUGGCAUUGAUUUUGCUACAGUUCACUCAUACCCUGAUCAAUGGCUCUCAGGUUCAGGUUAUGAAGACCAACUCUCGUUCUUGAAUGGGUGGCUCAACGAACAUAUCAAGGAUGCACAGAACACUCUUCACAAGCCACUUUUGUUUGCUGAGUUUGGAAUAUCAACUAAGAAUUUGGGUUCAAACUCAAAGGGCAGGGACGAGCUCUUCAACGAUGUGUACUCUGCGAUCUAUUCAUCGGCAAGCGGUGGUGGGGCUGCUGUUGGAGGCUUAUUUUGGCAACUACUAGCUGAAGGAAUGGAUUCUUUUCGAGAUGGCUAUGAGGUAGUCUUAGGUGAGAGUCCCUCAACAGCCAGUUUGAUUGCUCAAGAGUCUCAAAAGCUUAAUCGAAUUCGAAAGAUGUUCGCGCGACUCGAAGACAUCAAGAAGUGGAAUGAAGCAAAAGAUAGUAGUAGAGGUGCACAGUGGCGCGAUGGUGCUAAUGGUGGAAAUUGAGAUAACAAGACUUGCCUGGGGUAACAAAACUUGCCAUUUUACCGACAUUAUUAUAAGCUCAGUUAUUAGUGCAAAUGGAGGUGCCUGCAUGAUUUGCUUCAUCUCCUCAAGAAGAGUCUAAUAUAACCGUGUGUUACUAGUAUGUGAAAUCUCGUAGAAGUAAGGCAAAAGAAUUUAUUAUUAUAGUAAGCAACUAGAAAGUUCUUUCCUGUAACGUAAAUCGUAAUAUACAAGUGAGAAAAUUUGUUAUA